GCUGAUGGAACACAGGCCCGGGAAGGAGAGGGAGAGAAUAAACAGACAGCUGCGGGGGAGGGGCAUCAGAAAUGGCAGGAUUGGGGUGCCAGAUAGACCAGAGGUCCAGGGGGUGGUGUCUGAGGGGCCCGGGAGUAGGCUGAGCCAGCAGGGAGUUAAUGUCUGCAGUGCUUGCCCCUGGGAGGCCUAAUGAGACACAGGUGGCCCCUGGCCCGCGCCCACACCGCCAGCCAUUCUCCCAUUGUAAGCUGAUGCUCCACUGUCGGCUUCAGGCAGGAGGGGGUGUGAAGGGGGGCUCCUGCAGCUAAGGGGGCGGGGCUGGGGGGCUGGCAGGGCCCCAGCACAUAACUCUGGGCGGCUGCAGUCUGCGGCGCAGUCUGUGGCAGCAGACACCCAGCGCUUGGAGCUGAACCGACAGCAUGGAGGCCCUCCUGGCCCUGCCACUGUUCCUGCUUCUGUCCACGCAUCCCUGCACCCCUCAGUCCGCUGGGAUCCGGGGAGAUGCUCUGGAGAAGUCUUGCCUUCAACAACCCCUGGAUUGUGAUGACAUCUAUGCCCAGGGCUACCAGGCAGACGGCGUCUACUUGAUCUACCCCUCCGGCCCCAGCGUGCCUGUGCCCGUCUUUUGUGAUAUGACCACUGAGGGCGGGAAGUGGACGAUUUUCCAGAAGAGAUUCAACGGCUCAGUGAGUUUCUUCAGGGGGUGGAACGACUACAAGCUGGGUUUCGGCCGCGCUGACGGGGAGUACUGGCUAGGCCUGCAGAAUCUGCACCUCCUGACCCUGAAGCAGAAGUACGAGCUGCGCGUGGACUUGGAAGACUUUGAGAACAACACGGCCUAUGCCAAGUAUGUGGACUUCUCCAUUUCCCCCAACGCGAUAAGUGCUGAGGAGGACGGCUAUACCCUCUAUGUGGCAGGUUUUGAAGACGGUGGCGCAGGUGACUCCCUAUCCUACCACAGUGGCCAGAAAUUCUCUACCUUCGACCGGGACCAGGACCUCUUUGUGCAGAAUUGCGCGGCCCUCUCCUCGGGAGCCUUCUGGUUCCGCAGUUGCCACUUUGCCAAUCUCAAUGGCUUCUACCUAGGCGGUGCCCACCUUUCCUAUGCCAAUGGCAUCAACUGGGCCCAAUGGAAAGGUUUCUACUACUCCCUCAAGCGCACUGAGAUGAAAAUUCGCCGGGCCUAAGGUGCUGGCAUCAGUUCCCCCCCUCCCCGCCCCCUGCCCCACUACUCCAGUUCCUUUGAGUGCUCCCUCCGCUGGCCCUGCCUGUGCCCUGGCCCCACAGCCCCCAGUCUGUCCCCUCUGCAGCUCUCGGCACCUGCUUCUCAAAGCAGGCUUGUGCUCCACACAACUCCACCCACAGCCAGAGCCAAGCCAGGCCUCUGGUCCCUCCACCUGCGACAAUGUGGCCAGCAGCUGCCUGGCGACCCCAGCCUGGGCUCCCUAAUGCUAGGAGUCACCGCUGUCCCCUCCCGGAGGUUAAGAGCUAGCCUGAGGGGCUCCGCCUUAGCCCAGCAUCUAUGCCGUGGACUGUUCUGAGGCUGCCCUGGCAGGUCAUCUGGUCUGACCAAUAUCCACAGCACAUGCCAAGUCUCAUCCCUGCAUUCCCUCCAGCCAUGGGGUAUCUUCCCUUGUUUUCCUUCCCACCCACUUACCACCCAGGAGUGAGCACCAUGGACCUCCCCAAUCCCAUCUAUUGUACUCGGCUUCCCUCACCUAUCCAUUCCAGACCCCCAAAGCUCAAUGCUGAGACUAUUUUACCACAGCUACUGCAUACCAGCCCCAAGCAGCCACAACCAAGGUGGGCACAGAGCUGAGGUCCACCUGGCCCUUCACCCUCUGCCAUGGAAAGGCAGAGGGCACCCUCUGUA